AUGAAGCCCUCCCCGGCAGCCUCGCUGCUGUCGAUCUCUCUACUUUCCUUAAAACCGUGUCACGCACAGAUCCUCCAAAAGCGGGAUCUCGUCGCGCCAGCUUCGUUUGACAAUGGCUGGACGUAUCAGGGAUGCUUCAUCGAUGUUGGGCGGACGAUUAGCGCAGCGUCUACCACUGAUGCUGCCAUGACUAACGAAGAAUGCACGAGUUACUGCUUUGGAUUGGACUUCCCUUACGCUGGAACAGAGUACUAUACCCAAUGCUUCUGCGGUACCACUCUUGCAACGGGCGGCACAAACACCACUGCCACGGACUGCAAUACUCCAUGUGGCGGUAAUUCGACCCAGGCGUGCGGUGGUCCCGAUCGUCUCACCUUGUAUAAGUCAUCUAAAGUCACUGGCCCUGAAGUCAAUCCCGGCCCCAAUGGAUGGGUGUCCCAGGGGUGCUAUGCCGAGGGCACCACUGGCCGUGCUUUGACGUAUCAACUCGGCAGCGUUGCUAAUGCGCAAAUGACGGUGGCUGCUUGUACGUCCGGAUGUAAGGCGGCGGGAUAUACCUUUGCUGGCGUCGAGUACGGCGGAGAAUGCUACUGCGGCAAGUCUCUGUCCAAUGGCGCCAAGCCAGCAGCAAGUGGCUGCACAAUGACCUGCAAUGGCAAUAGUACCGAGUACUGCGGAGGACCAAGCUUACUAAACCUUUACACCUAUGGCUCCAGCAGCUCUGGAACUGCCACAACUACUGCAGGCCAACCCGUGCAAACAGGUACUUGUCCUGCCCAGCCCGCCUUGGUAGGCAAAUACAACUGGUACGGCUGCUAUACUGAGGGCACAUCGGCUCGGGCUCUCGCGGCCACGACAUACGCGGAUGAUGGCAUGACUCUGGAGAGCUGUGCUACCUUCUGUGCGGCUUACACGUACUUUGGCGUCGAGUACAGCAGAGAAUGCUACUGCGGCAACUCCUUUAGUGCUGGUUCCAAGCUCACUACGUCAUCAGACUGUAGCAUGACCUGUGCUGGCAACGACUGUGACUUUUGCGGUGCCGGGAAUCGUCUGUCUGUCUAUUCGCUCAACGCCCCGGGCUCGGGUAGCUCCUCAGGAUCGUCUCCUCCAUCAGGCACCACCACUUCAGCCACUCAGCAGCCAACGGGACUCCCACAGGGAUGGCAGAGCUAUGGCUGCUAUGUGGACGGCGUCAACGGCCGCAUUCUUAAUGAGCAGAACCCCGACGACCCCAACCUGACCCUCGAGUCUUGCGCCGCUUCCUGCGCUUCUCAAAACUAUACCAUCGCCGGUGCUGAGUACUCCAAGCAGUGCUUCUGCGGCAACAACAUCGUCAACGGCGGUGUCAAGGCCAAUUCUUCCACCGAGUGCAAUACUCCCUGCGCAGGCGACUCUUCCGAGAUCUGUGGUGGCGGCGACAGAAUGACCAUCAUCUCUAAGGGCACGCCAGCCGUCCUCUCACCCCCGGCACCAGUUCCGGUAGUGGGCAACUGGACCUACCAAGGCUGCUAUGAGGAUAACAUCAACCAGGUGCACACCUUCUUCUGGCAGAACAUCUUCGCCAACACCAUGACCCCUGAGCAAUGCCUUAACGCAUGUGGUGAGUACGGCUACAUGGCUGCCGGCUUGGAGUACGGCCAAGAGUGCUAUUGUGGUGACCCGGAGAAUAUCAAGACCGCUGGUUCGACGAAGAGGCCUGAAACAGAGUGCAAUGUUCCCUGCCCGGGCAACGCCUCGGCCAUCUGUGGCGGCGGUUCCCGCCUCAGUACUUACUUCUACACCGGAACCCCAUUCUACUCCUGGGGCUUCCCUGCAGCUGGCACCGCCGCAGCUGGUUCUUAUGAGCAGCUCAUGGGUGGCGUCUGCGUGCCUUUGAUGGUGACCCAAGCCGUCACCGGCAAGGUCGUCUUCCUUGAGAAAUGGGGUACUGGCGAGCCUAACUCCACGGGUGCCUAUGAGCUCGACCUGACUCUCGUCGACCAGUAUAAGCUUGCCUGGAGAGAGAUGCACGUUAAGACUGACAUUUUCUGCUCUGGCGGUGUCACUCUCCCUGACAAGGCUGGUCGACAGCUCAAUGUAGGAGGAUGGUCUGGCGAUUCUACCUAUGGUGUCCGUUUAUAUACGCCAGAUGGUUCCGCCGGCGUCAACGGCACCAACGACUGGCAGGAGAAUGUCGAUGUUUUGAAGCUUCAAGACGGCCGCUGGUACCCAACUGCCAUGAACAUGGCUAACGGCUCCGUUCUCGUCGUUGGAGGCGAAGAGGGCUCCAACGGCGCUCCUAUCCCCACCCUCGAGAUUCUUCCCUACACUGGUACUGCGCCUCUCUACAUGGACUGGCUCGAACGUACCGAUCCGAACAACUUGUAUCCCUUCUGUAGCGUCCUGCCCUCCAAAGGCAUCUUCGUAGCCUACUGGAACGAGGCUCGUAUUCUGGAUGAAAACACCUUUGCUACCAUCAAGGUCCUACCCAACAUUCCCGGCGCCGUCAACAACCCCAUGGCUGGACGAACGUACCCCCUUGAGGGAUCUGCUGUCCUGCUGCCCAUGCACGCCCCUUUCACAGAGCCCCUUGGUGUCCUUAUCUGUGGUGGCUCCUCCGAGGGUGCCUCUUAUGCUCUGGAUAACUGCGUGAGCACCUAUCCCGAUGUCGAGAACGCAACCUGGGCAAUUGAGCGUAUGCCUUCUCAGCGCGUCAUAUCCUGCAUGGCUCCUCUUCCCGACGGCACCUAUCUCAUUCUCAACGGUGCUCACCACGGUGUUGCUGGAUUCGGCCUCGCCGAUAGCCCUAACCUGAAUGCUCUCCUUUACGACCCCCAGAAGCCACUCGGCCACCGUAUCACCGUCAUGGCCAAUACCACCGUGGCUCGCAUGUACCACUCCGAGGCCAUCACCCUUCUCGACGGCCGCGUUCUCGUCUCCGGCUCAGAUCCCCAGGACAACGUCAACCCCGAAGAGUACCGCAUUGAAUCCUUCACUCCACCCUACCUCAAGAACGGCAAGCCUCGUCCCUCAUUCACCGUCACCAAUAAGGACUGGAGCUACGGCCAAAGUAUCACCGUCAACCUUGGUGGCCCUGCUCAGAAUGGUGCCAUUCAGGCCACUCUGCUUGGCUCUGUCACCAGCACCCACGGCAACUCCAUGGGAGCGCGCACUCUCUUCCUUGACAUCUCUUGCGCCGGCACCACUUGCACCGUUACUGCUCCUCCCAGCCAGUACAUUGCCCCUCCUACCUGGUACAUGUUCUUUAUCCUGGACGGAGGUAUCCCGGCUGUGGGCGUCUAUGUCCGCGUUGGCGGCGACCCAGGGCAGAUUGGUAACUGGCCCAAGGCCGCUGGCUUCUCUGUUCCAGGAGUCUAA